CGACGCCUGCGCAGUGUGACCGGGAUGGCGCAUUUUCUUGCACCGAGUAAUGCGGUGUCGCUGGCGGCUGAGGAGGGUGGAGAGUUCUGUGGUGAAGUAGGGGGGGGGAUCCAUGUAGGCGUCAGGCGGAGUCUUGGUCUGAACUAUAAAGUGGGAAGUUGAUGCUGGGUACUACUACUCCCGGACCGGCAACGCGAAAGUUGUGAUAUCACCGUUUGAACCAUCAGCUUUGAAAUUUAAAAACAAUGGAGAAGACUCAAGAAACCGUCCAAAGAAUUCUUCUAGAACCCUAUAAAUAUUUACUUCAGUUACCAGGUAAACAAGUGAGAACCAAACUUUCACAGGCAUUUAAUCACUGGCUAAAAGUUCCAGAAGACAAGCUACAGAUUAUCAUUGAAGUGACAGAAAUGUUGCAUAAUGCCAGUUUGCUCAUCGAUGAUAUCGAAGACAACUCAAAACUCCGACGUGGCUUUCCAGUGGCACACAGCAUCUAUGGAAUUCCAUCUGUCAUCAAUUCUGCCAAUUAUGUAUAUUUUCUUGGCCUAGAGAAAGUCUUAACCCUUGAUCACCCAGAUGCAGUGAAGCUUUUUACCCACCAGCUUUUGGAACUCCAUCAGGGACAAGGUCUAGAUAUUUAUUGGAGGGAUAAUUACACUUGUCCCACCGAAGAAGAAUAUAAAGCGAUGGUGCUGCAAAAGACAGGUGGACUAUUUGGAUUAGCAGUAGGUCUCAUGCAGUUGUUCUCUGAUUACAAAGAAGAUCUAAAGCCACUACUUAAUACACUUGGGCUCUUUUUCCAAAUUAGGGAUGAUUAUGCUAAUCUACACUCCAAAGAAUACAGUGAAAACAAAAGCUUUUGUGAAGAUCUAACAGAGGGAAAGUUUUCAUUCCCUACUAUUCACGCUAUUUGGUCAAGGCCUGAAAGUACCCAGGUGCAGAAUAUCUUGCGCCAGAGAACCGAAAACGUAGAUAUUAAAAAAUACUGUGUACAUUAUCUUGAGAAUGUAGGUUCUUUUGAAUACACUCGGAGUACUCUUAAAGAGCUUGAAUCUAAAGCCUAUAAACAAAUUGAUGCACGUGGUGGGAACCCUGAGCUUGUAGCUCUAAUAAAGCACUUAAGCAAAAUGUUCAAAGAAGAGGAUGAAUAAUAUUAAGCCAUUCUUGAUUAGGCCUGGUAGCUUAUUGCAGCUGACUAUUUUUUUUGUCUUUUAGCCUAUCACUUUUUUAAAACUUUGGAUCAAGCUGUCACUCUCCACAAACUGAGUGAAUAGGGGUGAUGUGAAUGAGGUUGUUUCAAUUUAGAACCCCUUUGUACAGAUAAUCAUCAUAUACAAAGUUGAAGGAAUCAAAAGGAGCCACAUUUAAAUAGGUCUAAUUUGAAUGUCAGAAUGUGCUAUGUUUGGACCUUAUGGACAACUGCCACAAAUGUUCUGUUGAUUCUGUCAAUAAAGAAGACUUCAGAGGCGCCUGGGUGGCUCGGAUUGAGCGACCGCCUUCGGCUCAGGUCAUGAUCCCGGAGUCCUGGGAUCAGUUCCGCAUCGGGCUCCCUGCUCGGCGGGGAGUCUGCUUCUCCCUCUGACCCUCCUCCCUCUCAUGCUCUCUCUAUCUCAUUCUCUCUCUCAAAUAAAUAAAUAAAAUCUUAAAAAAAAAAAAAAAAGAAGAAGAAGACUUCAGCUUCCAGGAAUUUUUAUCCAGAUACUUCCUAACUGUACCGUAUGGGCAGUUCCCCAUUCGUCUACCCCAGUUUCAAGCCAGUGACUCCUUGGGACCAGUUUCUAUAGCGAGCUGGCCCAGAGACCACUGGACCUCCUCUUUCUUCCUAAAUGUUGCUACUUAGAAUAUCUCAGUCUGUUCUUGGAAACUCCUUCACUGAAGUCUUCCAUGAAAGAGCGGACCAUGAUAGUAAGUGCACUGGUCUUUUUUCUUACCCCUUCCUUUUUUUCUUCUUCCUGCCCAGCAAAUUCUGCUCUUUAACCAAGGAGUCUCCACCUAAUGAAAUUUGUAUGCUAGCCCAAAUUCAUUUUUCCUUGUAAUUUGUGAUCCAAAAACUGAUUAAUAUCUGGAUACAGCAAUGGCUUUCCAUUUGUGAAGAAACAACGGUACAUGGAAAAAGUAUUUUAGGAAGGAGCCUUUAUUUAAGCCUUUUUAUAUUUUCCUAUUGGUUAGUAGUAAAAAUCAUAAAAGAGCUGUUUGCUCACCUUAAGUACAAAAGCAGGGGGAAAUGUUCUUUUCCUUGCCACCCAGGUCACUACUCCCCCUUGAAGGUAAUUGGUGCUUGAAUAGAAAGGGAAGUAGGUAUCUUUAAUCUCUGUGAUUAAAGGAAUGAGAAGUGUUAACCUGAGAGCUAGUGCCUGGCUGAAAAGUAGUCAAAGGCUAUGCUAUCAGGCACUAAUUAGCUUUAUAGUGCUUUAACCCUGACUCUCUAUCCCUUUUGUGUACUUUCCACCACCAAGCCCCUGGAGCCAUCUGGCAACAAGAGGUAGGAGAAAAGAAAAGAAAAACCCUGAUUCCUUCAUUUACAAGUGUUGCUGACCUCCCAAAAUGAAACUGUUUUUCAGAAACAUUGCAUUUUGCUUGUUUGGUUCCAUUAUAAUAUGUUAUAUCAGAUUUAAUCACUGCGUACCUCUGUGAGAAAGUCUCGCUGAAGCCUUCAACAGAAAUCGUUGAAGAGUUGGGUACUACAUUUACUAGCUUUUAAAAUAGCUUGACUCUUCCAUUUUAAUUGAUAUAAGGCAAACUUAAAAUCAUGGGUAUUUAUGCUGCAUUAUGGAAAUGAACUCUGUUUAUGACUCCAUUACUUAAAAACAUAAAGAUUAUUCAAAAAAGAUCUAAUGCUAACUAUAUAGACAAAAUAUUUACCUUUAAGAUGAAGACUGUUUAAAUUGAUUAUCCCUUACCUAAUCAAAUUAAUCUUGGCCUGGUGCUAUUCAUGAUUCUUUUGUCAUUUGUAUCUGGUCUUUGUCAAUGACAGAAAUGCUUGACCUUGAAUUGGGGACUUAAAAAAGAGUCAUUUUAUCCAUUAAGUAAUCAAAAAUCUAUUCUUUUCACUUGAACUGUAAUCACAGUUGUCAAUACAGAAGAAAAACAAUGUAAGAGUAGUUUAAAUCUAAUAAAAUAUAUUAAUUUAUCUACUUAGGUUUAAACUACAGUAUUUUUUUUUUCUGCUUAAAGGAAUGUCUUGGAACCAAAGUAAAUUGGAUUUUGUCCUGUAGAAGGCCUGUAAUUUUAAAACAUUUUCACAUUUUCUGGUCUGUGGAGGUUCAAAAAAUAAAUUGAUUUUUUUCCUUGCCAAA